CAUUAUGGUGGGUGGGUGGGGUGGGCUCCACUAGCGAAGCGGAGACCCUAUAUAAUAAAAAAAAACAUUAUUAAACGCUCCUGAUUCAUAGAGCAGAAGAUGCAGAAGGAGGCAGAGAUCCCGGGCUCGGAGGGCCAGUUGCGCCACAGCUCUUCUCCUUCCCGCCGCCUCAGCGCCGCCUCUCGUGCGCCUCCUUCCGUGGGCUCUCCGUGCCCGGCGGGCGUUUUCCGUGCCUCCCCGCGGCUGCCAUACCCGGCAGGCAGGGCUCCUUUUUUCCCCCUGCCUCCCCAACCCUCCCGCCUCCCCGGCGGCGGCGGGCGGCGGCUCCAUCCUCCUGAGCCUUAGCAGGGUUCCCUUCUCCCAGGCCGGCACCGGCGGCUGUUGGCUUCCCGCGCGUAUCCCCUGAAGCCGGGGCUGCUGCAGUGCCCCCUCCGGGGCUGGGGGCGGCGCUGGGCCCGGCCGUCUCGGGGCCGGAUGGAGCCUCUUGGCCGGGGCCGGAGCAGCACCUCCUCGGCGAGGCCGGGCUGGAGGGUAGGGGAGGCCGGAGCCCUUUGUGUAUGCGAAAGCGGGGAUGCUGCCCACCGCCUCCCGGGUAAGGGGCCACCUUCCCUUCCCUUCCCUUCCCUUCGGGGGAAAGAGCUCCUUUCUGCCGCCUACAAAGAGCUUCUCGCCCAAUUGUUCCCCCUUCGGUGCAUCUGAAAAAUGUGGCAUUAGAAGGCAAAAGUGAACAGGAGAAGGAGAUUUUAAGGAACAGUCAAGAUGGGCAUGAGGAUCAAACUGAAUAGCACUGACCAUCCGAAUAACUUGUUGAAGGAACUUAACAAAUCUCGAUUGACAGAGUCUAUGUGUGACGUCACCAUUGUUGUGGGUAGCUGUUCCUUCCCUGCACACAAAGCAGUGCUGGCAUGCGCAGCAGGCUAUUUCCAGAAUCUUUUCCUGAAUACAGGAUUGGAUGCUGCCCGCACUUAUGUAGUGGAUUUCAUUACUCCAGCCAACUUUGAAAAGAUUCUGAAUUUUGUUUAUACAUCGGAGCUCUUCACAGACCUUAUAAAUGUGGGUGUCAUUUAUGAGGUUGCUGAAAAAUUGGGCAUGGAUGAUUUGCUGAAGGCUUGCCAUUCUACCUUCCCAGACUUGGAAAACUCAGCUGUCACUAAACAGCCUUCUGCUUCAAAUGAAAACCGGCCUAGUGGUGCUUUAGCUGAACCAAACCAUUCUCUAGGUGAAAGUCGAAAUAGCGGGGAACAACUGGGAUCAGAGCGAAAUUGCAACAUGCAUGGUGAAGCAGCCACUGGCUACAAAGAAGAUCCUACCAAUGAAGCUAGUCACAAUUUAAUACAUCCACAGACUCCCAAAGCUGAAGAGCAAGAAGCAACAGGACCAUUUACUGCUGCCAUGAGUAUAAUGACCCAGGCUGGCCUCGGUAAUAUUAGCAUGGCUGUUCAAACCACUGUGAACUCUUGUCAGCAGUAUAAGGUCCAGAGCAAUGGGGAUUAUAACAAAAGUAAUCUUUUUGCCUCCGAUGUCUCCUUAGACAUAUCAACAAGUAGCAAUUCCUGCCCCAGCAAUAGUGACCAUUCCAAAGAUCAUGUUUUUGGGCCAAUUGAUGAAUUACAGCUGGAAGAUUUGGGGGAAGAAGAUCUGCACUUUGAAGAUCCCAGUGAAGAGCUGGGUGCUGCAGAGGAAGUGAUAGAGCUGAGCGAUGAUAGCGAGGAGGAACUAUCCUUCGAGAACGACAGCCGGGAAAACAAGGCCAUGCCUUGUCAAGUGUGCAAAAAGGUUUUGGAGCCCAACAUUCAGUUGAUACGUCAACACGCCAGGGAUCACGUAGACCUUCUGACUGGCAAUUGCAAAGUUUGUGAGACCCAUUUCCAAGACAGGAACUCUAGAGUCACUCACGUCCUGUCACACAUUGGGAUAUUCCUUUUUUCCUGUGAUAUGUGUGAAACUAAGUUUUUCACCCAGUGGCAGCUGAACCUUCAUCGCCGAGAAGGGGUGUUUGACAACAAUAUUAUUGUCCAUCCCAGUGACCCUCUGAUAGGGAAGAUCAAUUUGUUCAAUGGGGAUUUGACAUGUGCUGCCUGUAGAAAACCACUGGCCAAAGAUUUUCAGGUGGUCCGUGGCCACAUCUUGGACCAUGUGAACGUGAAAGGCCAAAUAUGUGGUAUAUGUGACCAGCAACAUCUCAAUCUCUGCAGCUUGAUGUGGCAUACACUUUCCCACUUGGGAAUUUCUGUCUUUUCUUGCUCCAUCUGUGCCAGUAGUUUUGUGGAUAGACACCUUUUGGAGAAACAUGUGGCUGUCCACCAAAGUAUGGAAGAAGCUCUCUUCCGGUGUCAUUACUGCGGCCAGGCUUUCAAACUUGAAGCUGCAUAUCGCUACCAUGUUAGUCAGCACAAGUGUAACUCUACCUUGGACCUCGUCCGGCCGAACUUUGGUGACCGUCUUCAUCAGCAAGCUUUGCAAAAGCGGAAGCUGACAGAGAAGUUCCUAAAUGAGGACGUGGCCCUCCAGAACCAACCUGGGAACAGUAAAUACAGCUGUAAGGUUUGUGGGAAAAGAUUUGCUCAUACCAGUGAAUUCAACUACCAUCGGCGGAUCCACACAGGUGAGAAGCCCUAUCAGUGCAAAGUGUGUCACAAGUUCUUCCGCGGACGUUCUACCAUAAAGUGUCAUUUGAAGACACAUUCUGGGGCCCUCAUGUACCGGUGCACCGUUUGUGGCCACUACAGUUCCACCCUUAACCUUAUGAGCAAGCAUAUAGGUGUGCACAAAGGGAGCCUCCCACCAGACUUCACCAUUGAGCAAACUUUCAUGUACAUCAUCCAUUCCAAAGAUGCAGAAAAAACCACAGAGAGUUGAUGCAGCUAUAUUGGGGAAGGAAACACUACCUGAGAUAGCAGUGAAACUUGUUUCAGAUUUUUUUAAAAAAUUACUUUUAAUGGUCUGUAUACUUUUAUUUUCUUACGUUUCUUGUAGACUUUUUCUUAAAUCAUUGUCCUGUGAAACAACAUCACAUUAGACGUGUUACUGUUCUCAAAAACCAUUGUGUUUACCUCCCGCUGAGUUGUUUCAAAUGUAAGAAAUAAGCUCUUUCGUUCUUCAGCUAAUAUAUUUCCCAUCUCAUGACUUCUCCCCUCCUCUGACAGGCUUUAUCUGACAUCAUUAGAAGAUUGAUGCUGCUAAGAUGUAUCAAUGCUUCAUACCAGUAGGGCUAGCAGGGGGAAAAGUGGAAAGUAUGGGGAAAAAUGGUUCUGGCUUAUUGAUGACAAGGUUUAAUUUCCGAAAAUUAAAAAUGCAAAUCCUAAGCAUACUUACUCAGAAAUAAGGCUGUCUUUGUUUUGAGGGAGUUAUUUCCUAUUGGUACAUGUAUUGUAGACACAUCUGUGUAUUCUUCCUUUCAAGAGGAUUGCCUUUUCUUAUAUAGUAAACAAAACUGUCAUGCCAGUCUACAGACUUCAAUUGAGAGAAAGCUGAUCUCCAUUCAGUGAAAAGCUGAUUUCUUUGAAUGAAGCUGAUAUGAAAGGUACAAGGGCUGGGUACAUUUGGAGGUUUAAUCGGUCGCCAAAUGUACCUUGCAUCUAGCCUUAAUUUGCAUUUGCCCUUUUACAAAGGAUAAAUUAUUUUUUAAAAUAAAAAGAAUAUCUAGUUUAUAACAGAGAGAUCAAGGUAAAAAGAGAAUAGAUAGAUUUUAGGAGACCAGAGGAAAUGGAGUUUGCCAAUUUUGGAUUAAUUUUCAAUGGAGUGGAGAGGAGAAGAUUAUGAGAAACAGUUCUUAGUUUUGGCAAGGCACACUUAUUUUAGUUGUUCAAACAAUAAGAUUUGAUCUGAAGUGCCUCUUUCAAAAAUUCUUAGGGCACGGAAAAAUUGCAAGAGAUAAGUUUGCUUCCUUUCUUUUGCAAUGCUGCCUUAAUGCUAAUGUGGAAUUCUGUCAUAAUAUUUGUCUUGAACAAUAAGAUGUGUUCAGAGGGUAAAAAAAUUAAAGCAAUAUAUUAUGCUAGUGCUUGGAAUCUUCCUUUUGGCCUACAAUAUUUAUUUGCCUGAUAAAAUUUAGUUGGGCUUAUUUCUGAGUAAAGAUGGGUAGGAAUGCACAGUUGUGUUUGAAAAGACACUGUUGCCUUAAAACAUCUCUAUAAGGGGGAAUGAAAGGAUUAGAGUUUUUGUAUGACCUGCAAGCAGGACACUAAAUACACUGUUUUUAUUUCUUGUUUAGAGUGAUUCAGAAGUUUUCUUAACAGUGGCACUUAUUUGUACACUUUACAGAUUAUAGUAUUUGUUACAUUGAAAAUGCCACUCCUCCUUGCCCCUGCUACUAUGUCAGAUUGUGACAUGAGGAAUAUAGUUGCAUUGGUAUCAUAGCAGUGGUGGGAUUCAGCCAGUUCGCACCUAUUCGUGAGAACCGGUUGUUAACUUUCUAAGCAGUUCGGAGAACCGGUUGUUUGAAGAAAUCUUAUUUUGUUGUUUUCCACUUUACAGGGCUAAUCCUGUAAGGAAGGCAAGAAGGAAACAUUCUGGUGUUGUUUCUAGCCUCAUCUUUAUUCCCCUGCUUACAAAAACUGCCUCUCUGGCUAACCCUUAUUACAUUGUGACAGCUAAAGCGAAGCGCCCAUUGAUGUGAGUGAUGUUGAGUUGGCCAUGCCCACACAGUCACAUGACCACUGAGCCACGCUUACCCAGCUGGUUAUUAGAGCAGAGAACUGGUUGUUAAAUUAUUUGAAUCCCACCACUGUAUCAUAGAUGCAAUCUGAAUAUAUUUUCAACACAUUUAGUUAUAUAGAUUUUUUUUUUUUAUUGGCCAAGUGUGAUUGGACACACAAGGAAUUUGUCUUGGUGCAUAUGCUCUCAGUGUACAUAAAAGAAAAGAUACGUUCAUCAAGGUACAACAUUUACAACACAAAUGAUGGUCAAUAUAUCAAUAUAAAUCAUAACUUUCUUGCUCCAGAAUUGAAUUUUAUUAACAACAAAACAAACCAUUACUUUUUAAACUUCUCAGAGGUUCCACUGGCAUUGAUUGGCUAAUGUUGACUGCAUUAUCGAAAGGCAUCCUGAUUCAUUCCUAGAACAUUGGCAGUUUUGAAAAUAUUUCCAAUAUUUGCAUAGCUGAAGGUGAUAAAAGUUAUAAUUCAGUUUAUAUGGAGGACACCAUAUUGGUAGAAGUAAGGGUUGCUGCUCAAAUGAAGAAUCUGUCAAAAUAUAGGAGCAGGGGCAAGACUACUAACUAAGCAGCAUUUAUCUUGAUGAAUGAUUGUUGGAUGCACAAAUUGUUGGAGGCAGGAAUUGGGUUUGGGAAGAGGAACCUUUAAUGAUUUAUUUAUAGGGCUGCCAUAGUUGCAUUGCAGAAUUACCACAAGAUGGUAGCAAAGAGCUACAUAAAAAUCGAUGAUUACAUUUUUUAUAGCCCAGAUACCCUCUCCUACUUAUUAAUAAAUAUGUCUCUUGUUGUUGCCCUCAUAUAGUGCCUAUGAUAUCACAACCACUGUGCACCAUUAUUUCCUACACCUGUUUUACAUUUGUUUUGUCAGGUUUAAUACGUUUCAUUAUCAGUCCAAGAAAACCAAUUGUCUUUCUAUUAAAAGAAAAAGAAGAAAAACAGCAAAACUAUUUUGUCUCUCAUACCUUGUCACAAUAAUCCGCAUUAUAGUUUCCAAGUUAUUCUGAUCAUGUACAGUUUUCUUCUGCUACCAACAUACAUCUUUUUUUAAAAAGCAAAUUAUGUGUCUGGUUCUUCCCUUACAUCAUUCCUUUUAAAAAAAAAAUAGUGCAGAAGCAGGUUGUAAAUUCUGUCUUUGUGCUAAUGGAAGAAUAAGCUAGCAGAAAGUACAGAUUUGUUUUAUCUGCUGAAAAGGCCAAAUAUAUUUGCUCUGUAAUAAUGAAAAGUCAUAGUAGAGGCUAAAAUUGGAGCUUUCCCCCUUUUUUUUUGAGGGGAUGGAAAAUUGGAAGUGGAACGAGGUGUAACUAACAUAUUUAGAGGGCAAAGCAGAAGACAAAGGCCUUGAUUUGGAUUAUAGUUUGCUUCAUUUGGUGGACCGUAUUUGAUCCCUCAAACAAGUAUAGUUCUGUGGAUUCCCAUUCAAUGGGGAAUAGUAGGAAAGGUGAUUUAUUGAGAGAUGGAACAGCUGGUUUGAGAACUGGCCCUUGGUAUAAUGCAAACUACCUCAUGAGGAGAAAGCACUGAAGACUUCACAGCUCCUGUUGUGUACAAAUGGACUUUUGGGCUUCUAUAUAUAAACACACUGUUAUUAAAGAGAACAGAAAUGUAACCUAUGGGUGUGUGUGUGUGUAUGUCAGUGGUGGGUUGCUCCCAGUUCUGUCCGGUUCUAUAGAACCGGUAGUAAAGAGUCGGGAGGCUCUGCCCACCUGCCUGGACGUCAUAAAUGACGAUCUGCGCAUGCGCAGAAGCGCGCACACACAUGCGAGUGAAGUGAGUGGGCGCGUGCACCCCUGUUGUGAACUGGUAGUAAAGGUAAGUAGAACCCACCCCUGGUGUAUGUAUGUAAAAACUACAGCUCCAGGAAUCUCAGCUCUGAAACUAAUUCUAGUAGGGCAGCCUUUGGGCAGGUUUGCUUUGUCGUUGCUUAUAGUACCUACCUCUAAAGGAUGUUGUGAAGAUAAAUGUUUUGAUAUGUGUUCAAGAGAAAAGCACUUACUUCUGUCUUGUUUUCACAUCCUAGGAAAAUAAGAAUGUUUCCAUAAUACAUGCAUUGUGUGUGCAGAUAUUCAGUGUAUUUGGUUCCUUUCCUUUUGUGGCCUUGGACACCAACAAGAUAUGCUGAGGAACUGAACAAUGUAUAUGGCAGAUGGGAAUAGCCUGAGGAAGUAUUAAUGCUGAGAGUAUUUGUAAUGAUCUAAAAGCUGCCCAGGGACUGAAUCACUAAUCUUGAUCGAUAAGUUAAUGGCAGGGCCCUGACCAGGAAGAGGGAACCAAAAAUAUGCCAAGCCAAAGGAUUUUGCUGUUGAAUAGAUAUUAAUCUCCUAGUAUUGGCUAAUCAGGAAGCUUCAUGCUACCUAUUAAUCUUGAUGAAUUUGGUAUUUCUUCCUUUUCUAUGCUGAAAGAUGGUUCCUGCCUGCGCCUUAUCUAUGUUCCUACUUAAGGCGGCUGCUGCUGUAUUCAUGUAUUUCAGGCAAUGCAUGCAGUGCUGUGAACCAUGUUUCCUGAAUAAAAAUGUGGCCUUCAGUAGGAGAAGUGGAGAAGCAGUUCCUAUAUAUUGCUUGUAUGUAAUAGGAAUUAAUUUCUUAUCUUUAAAUCAAAGCAGAAUUCUACAGCUGCUUUCCUCUGAUUCUUCAGUGCCAAACCCGUCCUCCUGCUCCACAGGGAUAACCAUUGCAGCUUGAGAAGUUUCUAGCAAAAUCUUGAUUGGGCCUCAUAAUUAGGGCAUUUGGAACCAGAGAAUUGGGGAUUGGCUUCAAGUUCUGAACAUCUGCUUGAGUGUAGCUUUGGCCAAAUAACAUCACCUGCCUGCCUCAUACAUUUAUCCACUCAUGAAUGAAAGUGGGGAGGAGGAAUAGUUAAAAAUACCUACCUCACAGGUGACAAGUUGUGAGGUGUAAUAAAUGUCUGUCAAGUGCUUUGGAACCCUUAGGGUUGUAGAAGGACUAAGUAUUGUAAUUAAAUAGCUUCACUCUGUUUGACAUGCUAUCAUUUGUGAAGAAUCCCUUCUCACCAUUAUCAUACUAGCAGGGAAGGAUUUAGGCACGGAACAGGUAUUCCAAUCUCACGUAGAACACUUUUGAAAUAAUGAAAAAAAUAUUUUGGAAAUGGAUGCAUUAUUAAUUACUAUUUUCUGUAAACUCCAGCCCUGCCCUGCCCUCCCCCUCCAUUUCCUCCAAAGAUCCAGAUGUCUUGAAAUGAAACAGCCAAAACAGAAUAACACCGAGCAUCGUGAUUGCUGUCAAAUCUCUUGGUUAAGUGAAUUGUAGGUACUGACCUCUCAGUUAUUUAAGUGUUCACUAUCUAUUUGCUGUAAAGUUUGUAUAUUUUGUAAAACUUGGUUCUCCUUCCUAAAGAAAAGAAAGUAGAUGUCUAAAAUGGUUGUACAUCGGAUUCUUUUAUACUCCAUUGUUUGGCACAAAAGUGUGUUUUUUAUUUAGAAUAAUAAAAGUGAA